AUGUCUAUCCGACUGAUCGACGUUCAGACGCUGCGACCCAAGUCAUUCAACGGCCAAAAAGCACCUCCAUAUGCCGUUCUAUCGCAUACCUGGGUCGAGGAUGAAGAAGUCAGCUUCCAAGAAAUGUGCCAGAUUGCCGAGGAGCCCGGCCACCUGGCGACACAGAAGUCCGGAUAUCGUAAGAUCUGGGAAACUUGCCGCGUGAGCUUAGCCUACGGAAUCGACUAUGCCUGGGUGGACACUUGCUGCAUCGACAAAUCUAGCAGCGCCGAAUUGAGCGAAGCCAUCAACUCCAUGUUCAACUGGUAUCGAGAUGCGGCAGUGUGCUUUGCAUACCUGAGCGACUACUAUUUCCUCGGUCCCAGACAUGUGGAAAGAAUGAGAGAGUGCAAAUGGUUCACUCGUGGCUGGUGCCUUCAAGAGCUGAUAGCCCCCAAGUCUCUGAUCUUCUACGACCAGGCGUGGAAGGCUUUCGGCUCAAGGCACGAUCUGCAGGCAUUGAUCGCUUCAAUCACGCGCAUAGAUGAGAACGUACUCGCAGACCACGCCGCCAUGUACUCAAUGCCCGUUGCCCGAAGAAUGUCUUGGGCGUCGAGCCGGGUCACCACCCGUGUUGAAGACACUGCGUAUUGUCUUCUUGGGGUAUUCGACAUCAAUAUGCCUAUGCUAUACGGAGAGGGGGGCAAGGCGUUCAUACGAUUUCAAGAGGAGAUCAUCCGACGUUUCAACGAUACAUCAAUUUUCCUAUUUAGUCCAGAAGUAUCAUCGUCUGCACCACCAGUUAGAUGCGAAUAUCCAGAAAGCAGCACAGGCAAGCUUUAUAGAGCUUCAUAUUGGGGCGAUUCGCAAUUUCUGGCCGCACAGUACCUCAAGGAGUUGUCGAGCUACCGGUUUUGCGGCAUGUUCGCCCAUUCACCAGCAGAUUUUCAUGCGGGUGGAGAUGUUGUGCAUAAACACGGUUCCAGGGCCUCAUUUGACAGACAAGCAUUUUCAGUAACCAAUCGAGGCGUCCAGCUGGGCAACCAGCUCCUGUGGUAUGACUGGGGAAAAGACUGCUUCAUUUGGGAGACGGCCUUCCGUCACUCCAAUCACAUUAAUCGUAUGAUCGAUGGAGCUAUCUUUCUUCGGAAAAUUGGUCGGAAACUUUUUGCCAGGGUACUGAUCCCUAUGGAAGAGGAAUAA